GGAUCACUGCACGGGGUUCCUCCUUCCAAUAUGGCCACCAACCGGUUCUACAGAGAGCCGGAAUUUGAGACGCUGCAGCUUCACGCGGGGCAAGAUAUAGACCCAGCAACCAAUGCCCGCGCACCACCUAUCUAUGCUAGCACUAGUUUUGCCUUCAACAACUCGCAGCAUGGCGCGGACCUAUUCGGUCUCAGGACUGAAGGUUAUAUAUACUCACGCAUCGAGAACCCUACAGUGAGCGUAUUUGAGAAGCGCAUCGCGGCGCUCGAGGGAGGCGUCGGCGCGGUGGCCACCGCCAGCGGCCAAUCUGCUCAAUUCAUGGCUAUCUCUGCCAUUGCGGGCGUAGGAGAUAACAUAGUUUCCACGUCUUACCUCUACGGCGGUACAUACAAUCAGUUUAAAGUGUUACUCAAGAAAUACGGCAUCAAGGUAAAAUUCGUCCUCUCUGACGAUCCCGCCGCUUUCGCCGCCGCCAUAGACGAACAUACGAAGGCAAUAUAUGUGGAGAGCAUCGGGAACCCGAAGUACAACAUCUCUCCUCUUCCCGAUCUCGCAAAGGUUGCCCACGAUAAUGGCAUUCCACUAAUUGUGGAUAACACCUUUGGCAUGGGUGGAUAUCUUAUUCGCCCUAUAGACUAUGGUGCCGACAUUGUUGUCCACAGCGCCACAAAAUGGAUCGGUGGCCACGGAACCACCAUCGCCGGCGUCAUAGUUGAUUCAGGCAAAUUCGACUGGACCAAAUCAGGGAAGUUCCCUUCGUUCACGGAGCCCUCUGAGGGGUACCAUGGGCUCGUCUUCAGUACCCUUGGGGCCGCAGCCUUCUCGCUUAAGGUCCGGGUAGAGAUCCUCCGGGAUCUGGGCGCCUCGAUGAACCCCUUCGCCGCCUUCCUCUUGCUGCAGGGACUCGAGACGCUCAGCUUGCGGGCCCAGAGGCACUCUGACAAUGCGUUGGCCUUGGCUAGAUAUCUGGAGCAACACCCGAAGGUGAAGUGGGUGUCGUAUACAGGGCUUCCGUCCCAUGCCUCGCACGAGUUGGCAAAGAAGCUGUUGAGACAAGGCGCGUUCGGAGGCGUCUUGAGCUUCGGUGUUAAGGCCGACGCAGAUAUCGGGUCCAAAGUCGUCGACUCGCUGAAGUUAGCCUCAAAUCCUGCCAACGUCGGGGAUGCGAAGACUUUGGUGAUCCACCCGGCUACUACUACACACCAGCAGCUGAAUGCCGAGGAACAGCUUGCGUCAGGUGUUACGCCUGAUCUGAUACGGGUGUCGGUCGGAAUUGAGAACAUCAAGGAUAUCAUUGCGGAUUUUGAAGAGGCAUUGAAGGUUGUGCCAUGAGUACGGAUUAAUAACAAACAACGACGGCGUGUAUUACUACGAAACAGGAUGAUGCCGAAAUCACAUUAUCCCCCAAACCCUUUCAAUCGCUGUGCGGCCCAAAUGGUCGUAAGUAUUCCCAGUGUAUAAAAUUCGAACCCGAGCACUGUAUCUGUGGUGUACCAACUCUAGAUCUUCGCCACACACAUCGCCUAGUCGGCGCUAAAUCAUUGUUCCGAGCUUUCUCCAGACUGCUAUAGCCAUGCAACGUUGCCGCUUCUUUAUACUAGUACUCCUGUAAACCUCUGCGCACGCGAACUCCGU